UCUGGGCAAGAGAAAUUUCUUGUUUUCUUUGAACUGAGCUGAGUGGUGGAGCCGUCUGAUCAGAAGAGUUUGGGGCUGCUAAGAGCCUUACCGACACUGGCUGUGGGUAUCAACGAAUUAUCAUCACUUACACUUCACGCAAAAGUAUUUAUGGGUCAGACUUUCUUCACAAGCCUUGGAAUGACUCCUCUUACCUUGACCCUUUUAUUCUGCUUGCUGUAUUGUGCAUCACCCAACAGUGCAGAAACCAUACUUACUGGAUUUUGUCCUGGUCAGCCGGGAAUUCCAGGAACUCCGGGGCGGAAUGGGCAUCCAGGGUUGGUAGGGCGAGAUGGGAGAAACGGGAGGGAUGGAAUGCCAGGAGCACCGGGAGAGAAAGGUGAAACAGGGUUACCUGGGCCUAAGGGGGAAGAGGGUGAUUAUGGGAUGCCCGGGCCACCUGGUGAGAAAGGCGUCAAAGGGGACAGUGUGAUCAGCUACAACUCGGCAUUCAGCGCCAAACUUUCCAAGACUCACAACUUCCCGCAGCCUGACAAGCCGGUGCAGUUCAACAUGGUUCUGUACAAUGAUCAGCACCACUACAACCCAACGACCGGAAAGUUCACCUGUGCAAUUCCAGGUCUCUACUACUUUGUGGUUCACUGCACUGUUUUCAGAACCAGUCUCCAGUUUGACAUCAUGAAGAACAACGUAACCAUCUCUUCCUUUUUCCAGUACUACGCCAACUGGCCAAAACCUGUGUCUCUAUCAGGUGGAGCCCUCAUCCACCUGGAGCCUGUGGACCAGGUGUGGGUGCAGGUGGCAGUGGGGGAGUACAAUGGAAUUUCCUCCAGCACAAAGACAGACAGCACCUUCACUGGGUUCCUACUCUAUUCUGACUGGAAAAAUGCUCACCUACUCGUUUAAAAACGCAGCUUUUCUGCUUUCUACAGCACCUUGCAUGGAUUGUACUUAACAUCAAAAUGAAUUUUAAAGACACAUUAUCAUUAGAGAUUUACUGCAUCUCUGUUCAUAAUGUCUUUGGCUUUAGGGUUAGCAUUUUCCAAAAAUGUACGUACAUCAGACUUGAUGUCUGUUUAUAAAAUGAAAUUCUUUAUAU